AUGGGUAAGGUUUGGAGGUCAAUACUCCAAUUCGACGGCAUCCACUUUCGGCCAGGCCUUAUACUGGUCGACUGUUUGGAUGCAGAAUCAGCCGAAUGGUUGCGCGAAAUUGUCCCAAAACUGCCUGACUGGGAUGGUGCGGAACUGACUACGUGCGAUGGGGACAACAUACCCAGGGUGCACGUAAUCACUACGUACCUACCAAAAGCUGCAGGAGUGGACACGCAGAAACUGCUGAACCUCAUUAUAGCACAAAAUGAGGGAAUGCAUACCGACCUAUGGAAGGUUUAUAGGAGCAAUGAUGAGAAGACGGGCAAACUGCUAACGAUCGGGAUUGACGACCGGUCGUUGGACGCUAUCAAAAAGAAAAACUGCAUCCUACGAUACAGGUUUGGUAGUGCUCCAGUGCAUGUGCACAAGGGCAGGGAACCGAUGGCGAAGAUAGUCAAGCCAGAUACUCCACCAGGUGGUUCGGAAUUACCGAAGGAGGUGGCUGAGAUGGUAGCCGUGGAAGCAGCUAGGAGCGCGGUAGUAGAGGAAGUCAGUCUUUUACCUCAUGAGAUGGAGGGGAUAGACGACUUCGACCUCGGGCUACUGACCAUUUGUGCUGAUGACGACUCGGAGAGAGCCACCUUGUCAGAGUUUGACGAAACUCUGACAACGGACGAAGACGAUGAACGCCAAUAA